AUGACCGCUGCACACGCGUUAAUGCAGUCUGUUGCAGUUUAUUUGAACACACGUAGAUAUAAAUGCAUCUAUCUAUCUAUCUAUCUAUCUAUCUAUCUAUCUAUCUAUUAUAGUCUGUUCAUAUCUAUCUAUCUAUCUAUCUAUCUAUCUAUCUAUCUAUCUAUCUCAGUCUGUAUAUAUCUAUGUUCAUAUCUUAUUUUUAACUCAUUUAACUCUGUUUAUAUCUACCUAUCUCACUCUGUUAAUAUCUAUCUAUCUAUCUAUCUAUCUAUCUAUCUAUCUAUCUAUUAUAGUCUGUUCAUAUCUCUCUCUUUCUAUCUAUCUAUCUAUCUAUCCAUCUAUCUAUCUAUCUAUCUAUCUCAGUCUGUUUAUAUCUCUCUAUUGUGUUCAUAUCUAUCUAUCUAUCUAUCUAUCUAUCUAUCUAUCUAUCUAUCUAUCUAUAUUAUAGUGUGUUCAUAUCUAUCUAUCUAUCUAUCUAUCUAUUAUAGUGUGUUCAUAUCUAUCUAUCUAUCUAUCUAUCUAUCUAUCUCAGUCUGUAUAUAUCUAUGUUCAUAUCUUAUUUUUAACUCAUUUAAUUCUGUUUAUAUCUACCUAUCUCACUCUGUUCAUAUCUAUCUAUCUAUCUAUCUAUCUAUCUAUCUAUCUAUCUAUCUAUCUAUCUAUUAUAGCCAGUUCUUAUCUAUCUAUUUAUUAUACCUUUUCCUAUCUAUCUAUCUAUCUAUCUAUCUAUCUAUCUAUCUAUCUAUCUAUCUUGGUCUGUUCCUAUUUAUCUUAGCCUUUUCUUAUCUAUCUAUCUAUCUAUCUAUCUAUCUAUCUAUCUAUCUAUCUAUCUAUCUAUCUAUCUAUCUUGGUCUGUUCCUAUUUAUCUUAGCCUUUUCUUAUCUAUCUAUCUAUCUAUCUAUCUAUCUAUCUAUCUAUCUAUCUAUCUAUCUUGGUCUGUUCCUAUUUAACUUAGCCUUUUCUUAUCUAUCUAUCUAUCUAUCUAUCUAUCUAUCUAUCUAUCUAUCUUGGUCUGUUCCUAUUUAUCUUAGCCUUUUCUUAUCUAUCUAUCUAUCUAUCUAUCUAUCUAUCUAUCUAUCUAGUUAUGUAUGCAUGUAUGUAUGUAUGUAUCUAUCUAUCUCUCUGUCUAUCUCAUUCUGUUCAUAUAUCUUUCUCCAAUUCAGUUUGCUCAUUAUCUGUCUUAUUAUUAGUCUGUUCAUAUCUAUCUAUCUAUCUAUCUAUCUCAGCCUGUUCAUAUCUAUCUAUCUAUCUAUCUAUCUAUCUAUCUAUCUAUCUAUCUAUCUAUCUAUCUAUCUCAGUUGGUUCAUAUCUAUGUAUUCAUUUAUACACUUAUAA